AUGUGGGGCACUCCGGCGGUGCGGAGCAUCCGUCCCUACCCGACCAGCCAGCAGUACCUGUACGCCAUGAAGGAGGACCUGGCGGAGUGGCUGAAGGAGCUGUACGACCUGGACAUCGGGGUGGGCACCUUUUUGGAGGUGCUGGAAACGGGGGCUGUGCUCUGCUCCCACGCCAACAACGUCACCCAGGUGGCCGAGGAGUUCGCCCGCGCCUACCCCGACAUGGCCCGUCACCUCCACCUGCCCACUGCUGGUGUCACCUGCAACCUCACAGCUCAGCCAGGCACCUUCCAGGCCAGGGACAACGUUUCCAACUUCAUCCAGUGGUGCAGGAAGGAGAUGGAUAUCAAAGAUGUGCUGAUGUUUGAGACGGAGGACCUGGUGCUGAGGAAGAACGAGAAGAACUUCGUGCUGUGCCUGCUGGAGCUGGCACGUCGCGCUUCCCGCUUCGGCAUGCGCGCCCCAACCCUGGUGCAGAUGGAGGAGGAGAUCGAGGAGGAGCUUCGCCAGGAGCUGGACCUGCCCCCCACAGACACCCCCCUGCCCCAGCCCCCCAGGAAACCACGGGACCUCAACAACCUCGACCAGAUGGUCCAGCACCUGGUGAGCCGCUGUACCUGCCCUGUCCAGUUCCCCAUGAUCAAGAUAUCUGAAGGGAAAUACCGCGUGGGCGACUCCGACACCCUCAUCUUUGUCCGGAUCCUGCGGGAGCACGUCAUGGUGCGGGUCGGGGGCGGCUGGGACACGCUGGAGCACUACCUGGACAAGCACGACCCGUGUCGCUGCACCUCCCUCUCUCACAAACAAGCCAGGAGCCCUCAGCAGCAGGCGCAGCACGAGGUCUGGCUGUGCCCGGCCUCGAAGGUGGCUUCUCGUGGCCCCCAGCCCACGCUGCUGGUCAGCCGCUCCCAGAGCCCCCUGCCCCCCGUCACCUGGGGGUCCCGUGUCCCUCCUCGCCCCCAGUCCCCUGCCACCCCCUCACCACAGAGCUCGGGUCGCCCACCGGGUGCCAGCCCUCACCGGGAGCCAGCGCAGCCCCGGAGGGUCCCUUCGGGCAGGCAGCUACCACCAUCCAGGGCUCCUGCUCGACCCAGCUCCCCUGGCCACGGGGUGACGGGCCGGGCACCCACCCCUUCCCGGUUGACCUUGCCAAACGGCGUGGGGGUCCCUAAAGCACCACAUGGGAGCACCCCAGGGAAAACCCCAGUGGCCCUGGCGCAGGGCAGGUCCACAGCACCCAGCCCAAGGGUGACACCAGCACCUCCGAGAAGCACCCAGCAAGGAGGAAAAUCACCUGUGGUGGCUGCCAGGCCACAGGAAACAGCGGCACCCACCACAGUGACACCCCGUGCCCCCAGCCCCUUCAAGGGCUGUGUCCCCUCCUCACCCCGAGGUGCCCAGGGAGACCCACAGAGACAGAAAAGCCCACGGGAAGGGAGACGGGUAGCCCUGAGCCGGGGCCACUCCUCCUCACCCCGAAAUUCCUCCAGCCAGCCCCCAAAACAGGACAGCAGCGUUAAAACCCCCAUCAAAGCCCGCCCGGCCACCUCCCGGCCCCCCACCCCUCUGGCCCAUUUUGCAGAGGGGUGCAAGGUCUGUGCUGCCGGGGGUGGUCCCCAGGGGACACGGCAGUGCCACCCGGCCCUGAAGCCAAGGGCUGGGGGUGCUGAGGGACCUGGGGUGCCAGGGGAUGAACCGAGGGGAACCUGUGGCCCUGGUGAUGGGAGCAAGGGUCCUCGGGGGUGUUGGGGGCACACACAGCCCCCCGGCUAUGACAGGGUGGUGGAAGAGCUCUCCCGCAGGCAGCAUCCCCUGUGCCCUGUGGGGCUGGGGAGGCAGGUCCCCAAAACACCCCCACGAGCUGCCCCACAGCCCACCACCCUCCCAGCCACGGGGGAAGCAGAGGGGACGGGAGUGGGGUCCCAGACCCCACAAGGAGUGAGCUCCCACAACGUCCCCAAGCCCCGGCGGUGCCUGAAGAAGCCUGAGCGCGUUCCCUCCAUCUACAAGCUGAAACUGCGACCCAAGGUGCGUCCCCGGCGGGACCACAGGCCAGGCAAGCGCCCCUCGCGCAUCCCCACCCCGCUGGGGCAUCGCCCACCUGCCCGCCGGGGCCAGCAUCGCCCCCCGGGGCCGCCCAGACCCCCCCCGCCCGGCAGCACACGCCCUCCGGCCAAGCCCUCCCCAGCCGACAGCAGCGCCUGGCUGACCGAGGAUGAUGAGGAGUCCUGGGUCUGACCCCUCCCCGAGUGCCGGUGGGGACGGACCCCUCACUCCAAAAACGGGAGCGAUGCUGAAGCUGGAGCUGCAGUGCCCGAGGUUGGCAUGGGCGGCGUGGUGGGGUUGCUCCCAGGCAGCCCGAGGGU